AUGUCUGACACAGCUGAAGGCAUUGUUGAAUACGCCUACAACAAUAUUACAGAAUGGUACCUGCAGUGGGUCGAGAGCCAGAAGUCGCCGCGAGAAAAAUACACCAAGGUGCUCCUAGACAAGCUGCAACCUUCACCCUCCAUUCUAGAGCUUGGUUGUGGUCCCGGAAUUCCUAUUGCAAAAAUGCUUCUCGACGAAGGCGCUCAAGUGGUCGCAAAUGACAUCUCAGCCAAGCAGAUCGAGAUGGCCAAGGCCCGCUGCCCGGGUGCCAAGCUGGUUGCGGGCAACAUGACUACCCUCACUUUCGAGCCUGCGAGCUUCCAUGGCGUAAUCAGCUUCUAUACGCUGUUCCACCUUCCACGGUCAAAGCUCAAGGCCAUGCUCACCAAGAUCCAUGGUUGGUUAAAGCCCGGAGGUGUCUUCGUUUUUAAUCUUGCGACUAUCGAUGAAGAAGAAAUCCAUGGCGAAUUCCUAGGAUAUGGAAUGUUCUGGAGCAGCUAUGGCGUGGAUGAGAAUCGAGCAAUGCUAACAGAAAUCGGAUUUGAUGUAUUGCAGGUGGAAGUAUUGCACGCAGGCGAUGGGAAGUUGGAGGAGGGUGAUCCAGACUUUGAUGCCGAGUUUAUGUGGGUGGUGGCACGAAAGAAAGACUCACUCUGA